CCGGGUUCCGGCUCCCGGCUCCGGGUUCCCUGUUCCCUGUUCCCUGCGCAGUGCUGUUCCUCAAACGACGCGCAGCCGAGGACUGUGGGUGAGGACGCGGGAGGCAGUGUCGUCUGAUCCGCCCGCAGUCCGCAGCCCCACUGAGCCUGGAGGCCGCCGGGAUGGAGCCGCGGCUCCCGGUUGGAGCCCAGCCCCUUGCUACUAUCGAGGGUAUGGAGAUGAAGGGUACUCUGCGGGAGCCCCGCGCCCUGACGCUAGCCCGGAGGAACGGGCAAUAUGAGUUAAUAAUCCAGUUACGCGAGAAGGAACAGCAUGUUCAAGAUAUCAUUCCUAUAAAUAGCCACUUCAGAUGUGUUCAAGAAGCAGAAGAAACUCUUUUGAUUGAUAUAGCUUCAAACAGUGGCUGCAAAAUUCGGAUUCAGGGAGAUCGGACCAGAGAGCGGCGCUUUGAAAUCCCUGAUGAGGAACACUGUCUGAAGUUCCUCUCGGAGGUCCUUGCUGCUCAGGAAGCUCAGUCACAACUUCUUGUUCCAGAGCAAAAGGACUCAUCUAGCUGGUACCAGAAGUUAGACACUAAGGACAAACCUUCUGUUUUUUCAGGGCUUCUUGGAUUUGAGGAUAAUUUUUCAUCUAUGAAUUUGGACAAGACAAUUAAUUCACAAAAUCAUCCUACAGGGAUUCAUCGGGAACCCCCUCCACCACCCUCUUCAGUGAAUAGAAUGCUUCCACGUGACAAAGAAGCUUCUAACAAGGAACAGCCCAAAGUGACCAACACUAUGCGGAAGCUCUUUGUACCAAAUACCCAAGCUGGGCAGCGGGAGGGCCUCAUCAAACAUAUCCUGGCAAAGCGAGAGAAAGAAUAUGUCAACAUUCAGAAUUUUAGAUUUUUUGUUGGAACGUGGAACGUGAAUGGCCAGUCUCCAGAUAGUGAGUUGGAACCUUGGCUGAACUGUGAUUCAAAUCCUCCUGAUAUCUACUGUAUCGGAUUCCAAGAGCUGGACUUGAGCACAGAAGCCUUUUUCUACUUUGAAUCUGUGAAAGAACAAGAGUGGUCCAUGGCUGUGGAGAGAGGUUUGCAUUCCAAAGCCAAGUAUAAAAAAGUUCAACUAGUCCGCCUUGUUGGGAUGAUGCUCCUCAUAUUUGCCAGAAAGGACCAGUGGCGAUAUAUCCGUGAUGUUGCUACAGAAACAGUUGGAACUGGAAUCAUGGGGAAAAUGGGAAACAAAGGUGGGGUAGCUGUGAGAUUUGUAUUUCACAACACUACCUUUUGCAUUGUCAACUCCCACCUGGCUGCCCAUGUGGAGGACUUUGAGAGAAGGAAUCAAGAUUAUAAGGACAUCUGUGCACGUAUGAGUUUUGUGGUCCCAAAUCAGACCCUUCCACAGCUGAACAUCAUGAAACAUGAUGUUGUCAUCUGGUUGGGAGAUUUGAACUAUAGACUUUGUAUGCCUGAUGCCAAUGAAGUGAAGAGUCUUAUUAACAAGAAUGACCUUCAGAGACUCUUGAAAUUUGACCAGCUAAAUAUUCAGCGCACACAGAAAAAAGCUUUUGCUGACUUCACCGAAGGUGAAAUCAAGUUUAUUCCCACUUAUAAAUAUGACUCUAAAACAGACCGAUGGGAUUCCAGUGGGAAAUGUCGGGUUCCAGCCUGGUGUGACCGGAUUCUUUGGAGAGGAACAAAUGUUAAUCAGCUUCAUUACCGGAGUCAUAUGGAACUAAAAACCAGUGACCACAAGCCCGUUAGCGCCCUCUUCCACAUUGGGGUGAAGGUUGUGGAUGAACGGAGGUAUCGGAAAGUGUUUGAAGAUAUUGUACGGAUUAUGGACAGGAUGGAAAAUGACUUCCUUCCUUCCUUAGAACUCAGCAGGAGGGAGUUUGUGUUUGAGAAUGUGAAGUUUCGGCAACUACAAAAGGAGAAGUUCCAGAUCAGCAACAAUGGACAGGUUCCCUGCCAUUUUUCUUUCAUCCCUAAACUUAAUGACAGCCAGUACUGCAAGCCAUGGCUUCGGGCUGAACCUUUUGAGGGCUACUUGGAGCCAAAUGAGACCGUGGACAUUUCCCUUGAUGUGUAUGUCAGCAAAGACUCUGUGACCAUCCUGAAUUCAGGGGAAGAUAAGAUUGAAGAUAUUCUAGUCCUGCACCUGGAUCGAGGCAAAGAUUACUUCUUGACCAUUAGUGGAAAUUACCUCCCAAGUUGUUUUGGUACAUCCUUAGAGGCUUUGUGCCGAAUGAAAAGACCAAUCCGAGAAGUUCCCGUCACCAAACUCAUAGACUUGGAAGAAGACAGCUUCCUAGAAAAGGAGAAAUCCGUUCUGCAGAUGGUUCCCUUGGAUGAAGGUGCCAGCGAGAGACCCCUUCAGGUCCCCAAAGAGAUCUGGCUUCUGGUAGAUCACUUAUUCAAAUACGCCUGUCACCAGGAGGACCUGUUCCAAACCCCUGGAAUGCAGGAGGAGUUACAGCAGAUCAUUGAUUGUCUGGAUACUAGCAUUCCCGAGACAAUCCCUGGCAGUAAUCACUCCGUGGCUGAAGCACUGCUCAUUUUCCUGGAAGCCCUGCCAGAGCCUGUCAUCUGUUAUGAGCUUUAUCAGCGAUGCCUUGACUCUGCUCAGGAUCCCCAGAACUGCCGACAGGUGAUUUCCCAGCUUCCAAGAUGCCAUAGAAAUGUUUUCCAUUACUUGAUGGCAUUCCUUCGAGAACUCUUAAAAUUCUCUAAAUACAACAACGUCAGCGAAAACAUGAUCGCCACUCUCUUCACCAGUCUUCUCCUAAGGCCUCCACCCAAUCUUAUGGCAAGACAGACUCCAAGUGACCGUCAACGAGCUAUCCAGUUCCUUCUGGGGUUUCUUGAAAGCGAUGAAGACUAAUAAGCCUUUUCCUCUUAGUACUCUCUGAGAUUCUAGAGGUGGAAGAUUUGGGGCACCAAGUAUUUCAGAAUGAUUUGAAAAGUCAUGCCACAGGAAGGGUCUGUUGCAGAAUUUUAAGCCUGUUGGCAUGAAAAGGUUGUUUCUAGUGCAAGAGGAAGAGAGUUGCCUAAUCUCUCCCUUACCAUAUCCUACACAGCAAAAUACUUUUAGACUUAUAUUGCCAAGCCAAAGGUACCAUAUUUUGGUGUUUUUGUGUUCUCUCUUUAUAAGGCAAAGAGAUCUGUAUUUACACUCCUUUACCUGGGGAUGUGUUUUGCCCUCCUGCCCAGCUAUCAUGAUUGUCCUUAGCGCCCUAGGCCUAGAUUCUGAGAUGUUCCCGUUCUAGGUCUACAAGCACUACGUGCUGUAGCUCAGACUCGUUUGCAGUCCUUUGUCUAAAGCACUUUUGCCUGACCCCCUCCCAUAUCACCCCUAUGCACUCCACUCCACUAGUUCUAUUACGUCAAAGGAAGUCUGAGUGAAGCUAGUGACUCCUCGAAUGUCACCAACAAUGAAUUAACCAUCUACGUGUGGUUGUGACAUGCAUUUGUGCAUUUCUACUACAGUGGCAUCUAUAUGUCUAUAACAUUGGCCUUUUCAUGGAUCUGCACUGAGUGGAACCAUAUUCUCUUGUCCCAGACCACAUUUCCUAGCAGAAGUUUAGGGACUACUAGAGAUGACAUCCCAUUGAUGUGAGAGAAUCACAGUCAGAGUGGAAGCACUUUGAGCAUUUCAGAAGUGAAAAUAUUUGUGUUUGACAGAUCCUGCUUUCUACCAUCCCUUUCUGUUCUUAAUCAGAUUUUACAUGAGAACUAAUACUGGUUAUCUGGGGGACCCAUUCCUCACUUAGAAAUCCACCUCCAGAGCAAUGCUUGCAUCACAGUCAAAAAGGCAGUCUGGACCUCAGGUGGGCCUCUCUGGCGAUACUGCUCCUUCCCCCAGCAGGGUAUGGUGAAUAAUCCUUAGAACCCCUCUCUGGUUUCCUGAAAUACCGGGGGUCAGCUGUUGCUCCCUCCCUCACCAGGGUUGGCUCUGGGCUCUAUGACCAGCUCCCCAUGGCUUCUUACCCAGUGUUACAUAAAAGAGACUGUGCAGUGAGCCCAAUGAAGCCCCUUUCUCUCCCACCCAAGACAACCCUCUGAGCUUUUCGUUUACUCAAGCUCUUGGGGCAGCAUUUUUUCUUAAAUUAUUCUGUGAUGAUUGGCACACCAGCUACCAGCCACUGACUGCAGAACUGCCCGAUUCAGUUGGCUUCUUCCUGGAUGUCUUUCAUUAAAACCACCCUGAAUCAGCUCAUUCUUGACUGUUAACAUUAAAGCCAAGGAGCCUAAUGUAUGGGCUCUGUGUCUGGUCUUGGGCACUGACUCUAGACUCUUUUAGCACACUGAAGGAGAGAGCCAGGGGAAACACCACUGCUGAAUGCUUCUUCAGUUCCCCCCAUCUUCGUAAGUUGAGUUCUGUAGGGGAAGAAAAGAUAUGUAUCCUGUGAUAUACUGGUUAAACCCUUUCCUGAUUUGGAGUUAGGAAACUAGGAGUCAAGUUCCUGGUGCCAAAUAGCUGCAGAUCUGAUAGGUCAGAAUUUCAUUAAUGGAAGAUUGUGAGCAGAAUGUUUUUGUCAUCUCCACUAGGCCAGAAAGUGAUCAUAGGAGAGGCAGAUUGUAGAAGCUGGGGCAAGGUCGUAACACAAAGACAGGGAAAUGCCUGUCCUGGGCACAUUGUCUAGUAUAUUGCCAACCUCGGAUCUUUGGGUCAUCAAGGAUAUGGUUGGUGGGGACCGUUUACAGCAUCCUAGCUCUUUGUUCAUGAGGCAAACACACGAAAUUUGUUUACCGCCUCUGUGUUUUUCCAGCUCUGGCCCUGGGAUGUAUACAGCAUUAAGGGUUUGAGACAAUCUCUAGGCAGGGGAGACAGAAAUAGGGUAGGUGUAAGAAAUCUGCUCCCCUACUGUGCCUACUCCAGCAGCCAACCUCUAAUUCCUAAGUAACUCUAAUGCGCUAUUUAUUUCAUAGCUCUUCUGAAGUAAGGAGUUCAGAUCCAGCUGGUAGAGAAGAACUCUGCAUCUGUAUUGUUUUAGGGAAGAAAUGGUUCGAACCCACAUGGUGACAUUGCAUUAGUUUCCCUUUCACUGUUUUCUGAUUCUUACUCUGUAAUUCUUAUAUUUCCCAGAAAUGUCUUGGUCACUAAGCAAAGCUGCUAGUGGUAUUCUGUAUUUUGUGUCAUCUUUUUUUUUUAUUAUAAUUUAUUGCAAAUUUUUUUCUGAAUAAAUAUAUGUUGUGUGAAAAAUCAGUAUGAUCUUGGUAAGAAGAACUGAGGAGGGAGGCUUAGGUCACUGGGUCCCACUUGACUGUGGUCCUCACAGCUAUGACUCUUCUGUCAUUUCCUUACAGGGAAAUACAAGAAAUCUCAGUAUAUUUGACCUUGGAUGGGAGAAGCAGCCACGUAUUUUCAGAGGCUAAGAAAGAAGUCACAGUGCUUCUAGAGGCCAGCCCAGGAUCUUAUCUUAACCCUGGGGAUUCAGGCAACAAAAUAACACUGUUAGGAAAAAAAGACGUUGAUUCUUUAUGCAUGUAAAUGUCACCCUGGGUCAGAUUCAUGAUCAUCCCACCCCCAGAAAUCCAACAAACCCGAACAUACAUAUUUUGGGAGAAACCAAUGUCCUUGCCAAUAUAGCCUCAGCAGUUUAGACAUUCCCUACUAAGAGCCUGUUUUCACAGGAUUCAUUUUGCAACUUUGAAAAUCAGUUUUGAACCUUUAUUACCUCUUGGGGGGACAAAGUCCAUAAAUUUAGUUCUUUGGGGGGGGGCUCUAAUCUGAACAUUUAAGAGGAGACCCCUAAUUUGAGCAUGGUGCCUUUUAUUCCCCUGCCGAUCUCCAUUCUGGUUCUCUUCCCUUUCAGACCAAAGAGGCCUCAGCUGGAGCUUUCUUUGCAACCAGGGCCCUCUUCCAGUUCCGUCUGACUAUGAGCUUGACCCUGAUGAAUGUGCUGAUUCAGUGUUGUCAUAAACAGUUUUUUUAGCCCCACCCAAAGCCUUGGCAGAGGAAGGUGUUUCCUUUUGAGAGAGAUUUCUCCCCAGCGGACAGAGACGACGGACAUCCAGCAAUUUUUACACAGCAGCUGGCAAUGUGGGCAGAGCAGCCUCAGUGAUGACCUUUCCAGAGGUGACAGACUGCAACCCUGGCUGCUGUUACAGGAGAACCACUGGGUCUUUCAGACCACCGGGCACGUGGCUCUUGGUGUAGCCUAAUAAUUAACAGCUACACACAGCCGGAGUGGGAUCACCAAGCAUUAGGGAGAGAACCUUAGUGAUCUAACUCAAUCUCAUUGUUCCCACAGGCAGACUCAGGCUUAGAAGGGACAAGGAGGGACUCAAGGUCACUUAGGUUAGUGACAGCAUGCCAAAGUGGGAAAAAAGAGUUUAAACUUUGGUGUUAGACCUAAUUCUUUCUUCCAACUUUUUAUUACAAAAUCUUUCAAACAUACAGAAAAGUCAAAAGGAUACAGUGAACACUCUAUACCCUUAACUCACCACCUGUUAACAUUUUGCCACCAUUCAUAUCAGAGAGGUUUGAUCUUCGCUCUGGAUUCUGCCACUUCCUCCCUGUGUGUGACCCUAGACUGGCUAGCCUGUAGUUUCCUGGCUAUAAAAUGGAACAGGCCUAGCACUUGUUUUUUUUUUAA